AUGCUCCCGCGAAACCCGGAGGAUGGCAUCAGCUUCCUCGAACCCCUUAUGUUAACAUCUCGAACUCCGUAUGAACGCGGAGUAUCUGCUGUCGCUCGGCGCGCUACAGCUGCUGCUGCCGCCGCUCGCGCAGGACAGCAUGGCGUCCGUGCAAUCCGCUGCGACGCUGUCGCUGGGUCGCCUGGCGAAUGUGUCGCACACGUAAUCGCACCACCUCGUGCAGCGCAACGUGUCGCCUUCCCUCGUCGUUCCCUCUUCUUCUCUUCCUCUACCCCUCAGCCGCACCAAUCGACAUCACAAGCGCGCAGCAGCAUAUCUAGUCACGCCACGCUGAUAUCUAGUGCCGUGCGGCGCCACGCUGGCGCUGAGCUGGCAGAGGCGGGCUUGCUGCCGUUGCUGACGGAAUGCCUUCCGGAUGCCAUGCUGGCAGUGCGGGAGACUGCUGCGUGCGCAUUGGGCCACGUGGUGAAGCACAGCGGUGACAUGGCGAUGAGGGUUGCACCACGCUUGCUCUUCCCUCCUCUUAUCUCUGCAGCUGUCCUUCCCUUCUCUCUUCCCUUGUCGUUUGCUCCUGUCCGCAUCUGCACAAGCGCUAGAAUUUUGCAUCGCCACAACAGCUCCUUUGCAACCAUCUCCACGCCUCUCUGCACCCCUGUGUCCCUUUUUGAUUCCACUGUCUCCCUGCCCAUCUGCACGCAUUUGUCCCUUUUUAGUUCCCCAGUCUCCCUGCACAUCUGCACCCCUGAAAGGUCUGCGUCUCCCUCUCACCCAUCGCCAGCCACACUGAAUGCCUCCCCCUGGCAUCAGCAGGAGCGAUGGUGA